GUUGAAGGGCAACAAAGUGCCCUUAUUAAAGGUCAGUCCGAGAUCUUGGGUCAAUUGCAGAAGCUGAUGACAAUGAUGGAAGAUCUUAGUAGGCCAGCUCCAGAUCCACACCCUCAGUCCACUGAAGAAGGCCCUCAGUCUCCUGUAGAUGAAGACAUUCUCCCUAACGAUUACAGACCUGAUGAUGUAGAUGAUCACAUUUUUCGCACACCAGAGGAUAUGAAAAUUACUGUAAUCGGAGAUACUGAAGAUUCUGAAGUACAAUUCUUAAACAUAGCUCCACCAGCACCGGAGAAGAGGAGAGAAAGAAAGAGGCCUAGGUGGUUCGAUAAGUACACUGCAAUGAGGAAAAGGAAUAAGAAAUCGAAGACAGCAGUGAAUGUGGAUCCAUUGAGGGUUGUUGAUGGUAAAUUACUUAUGACCUUUCACAAGUGGUUGCUUGGCACCAUUGGGAAUAAAUAUCCGAGGGAAUGCUUCUCAGGGACACACGAUGCUGCUUAGUUCCUGAAACUGCAUACUCCGAGGACAUGGCUUUCUGACUCUCAUUUAGAUGCAGCAUUCCAUCUUAUGAGAAGGCGUCUAGAAUUUUAUCCUAACGUGUACCCUCAGAAAUGUGUUGUUAUGCCUACAAUUUUUCCCGAAUCAU